AUGUACUCCCCCGCCAAGCUCUUUGUCGCCAUCAUGGCCUUCACCACCGUCACCGCCGCCAUGCCCGCUCCCGAAAACGCUGACAACCAAAACCUUGAGGCUCGCGGUGGCUGCCUUGGCUACGCCAACUACUCCGCCGUGUCUGCCAAGCCAACUGCUAAGCGGUCUUUGGGGAUAGAGAACUGGAACGUUGCUGUGGACAAAUGGACUAGCGUAAUUCGCAAAGCUCCAUAG